GCAGCUGGCAAAGCAAGUAUAGAUGAUUGCGUCUCGCUAGGAACUUGGAUGACAGACCCCAAUGUACGCCGAGCUACAAUGAACCACCCAUGCGGGCUGAGAACAGAGAGGAACGAACCAGUUCCCCUGAAAUCUGUGUCAGUGGAGGUGGAUGUCCAGGGUCACGUGGCUUCAGUCAGCUCCACUCUUCAGUAUGAGAACCAGCAGUCCGGGCCAGUGGAGGCCAUCUUCACCUUUCCCAUGGACAGCAAUGCUUCUGUCUACCGCUUCCUGGCCCACAUUGGUGGCACAGAGAUCGAGGGUCAGCUCCGGGAGAGACAGGAGGCACAGGAACAGUAUGAUGAUGCGUUGAGCUCGGGGCAGCAGGCCUUCCUGCUGGAGGAGAGUACGGAGAGCUCUGACAUCUUCCAGCUGAGGGUGGGGAGCCUGCCCCCGGGAGAGAGCGCCUCCAUCUCCCUGGCCUACGUCACUGAACUGGCCGUGCAGGCCGAUGACGCCCUGAGGUUCUGCCUGCCCAUUGUGCUGAACCCUCGCUACACCCCUGCAGGCAGUAAGAGUGUGACCUCAGAGGUGGCUGGUGUUUCAGGGGAUGCUGUGCCAUACACCUUGUCUCUUAGUGUCCACAUCUACUCGCCCAGUCCCAUUCAGAGUGUGCAGUCCAAUUGUGUGCUCACCCCCUUGGACUUCCUGUGUCCUGACCACACUGAAGCGAAGGUUAGCCUUUCUCCAGAUCACAAGUUUGACCGUGAUGUUGAGAUUCUGCUGUACUGCUCUCAGCCACAUCAGCCCACUGUCAUAUUGGAGGGGGGGCAGUCAACUGCCAGUCCAGGCUCGCUGAUGGGGGAUACCGUGGCCAUGCUGAGUCUUUACCCAGAGUUCCCUGCGGCGCUGCAGUCCUCUCUUGCUUCCUGUGGGGAGUUUAUCUUCCUGGUGGAUCGCUCUGGCAGCAUGUCGUGUAGCAUGAACCAAAGCCAGACAAGUCAGAGCCGCAUAGAGAGCGCUAGGGAUACCCUGCUGUUGCUGCUGAAGAGUCUGCCAAUGGGCUGCUACUUCAACAUCUACGGCUUUGGCUCCAGAUACAAUUCAUUCUUCCCGGCAAGUGUGGAGUACACACAGACCACUAUGGAGUCCGCCUUGCAGAAGGCGAAGUCGAUGCAGGCUGAUCUUGGAGGGACAGAGAUCUUGCAACCCCUUCAAGAGAUCUACAGCAAGCCCUGCCUUCCUUCCCACCCACGCCAGCUCUUUGUAUUCACUGAUGGAGAAGUGGGAAAUACCAAAGCUGUGAUUGAUCUAGUGAAGAGACAUGCCCUCUCUCACAGGUGCUUCACGUUUGGCAUUGGAGAGGGUGCCAGCAGUGCAUUGGUGAAUGGCAUGGCUAAGCAUGGCUCAGGCCACCCACAGUUCAUCACAGGAGCAGACAGACUGCAGUCUAAGGUGAUUCAGUCUCUUCAGUUUGCCCUGCAGCCUGCAGUAAAGGACAUCUCGUUGCAGUGGAACCUUCCGGCAGGGGUGUCCACCACCAACCUGUCUCCUCCCAUCAAGACACUCUUCCAGGGUCAGAGGGCAUUGGUGUAUGCCCAGCUCACAGGACAGGUGGACAGCUGCGUCACUGGCUCUGUGAGUCUUCUCUACGCUCUGGGAGAGGAGGUAGUGAAGAAUGAUCUGAGCUUCAGCCUGAAGCCAAAGGAAGACAGCAGCCUGCUACUUCACAGGCUCGGGGCUCGUGCCGCCAUCUUGGCCAUGGAAGGAGAUGUUCAGGGGGAUGUUGACAGCGGCGUGAAGGAGAAGGUGGUGGAGCUGAGUGUCCGAUCAGGGGUUAGCUCCUCCUACACAUCCUUCAUUGCUGUCAACACAGAGAGCAAGCAGAUCCUCAAGGGCCCCCUACGACGCAGAGUCAUACCUGUGGUCUUUGCAGCUGGCGGCGGUUGUGGCCGUAUGGCUUGCAGGAAAAUGUCAAAGCUUUCAGCCAAAUCUUCCAUGGGAUUUUCAUCUCUGAAGUUGGGUAAAAGUCGUUCUGUAGUGGAAUGUGAUUCGAUUUCACCUCCAAAAGAGAAAAAAAGUGGGGACCCCAUGCUGGAUCUGAUUGGCUUACAGAAAGCAGAUGGAUCCUGGGACCUCCACCAAUCCUUCACAUCCAUCUUGGGCAAACAGAAAGAGGAAGUGGCCAAAGCCAUGCCUGGCAAGUCCCCAGCAGUUUGGGCCACAGUGCUGGCACUUUUGUGGCUUCAUGGACAGAAGGCAGACUUCAAGGAUGAGUGGCGGUUUUUGGCCAUGAAAGCCAUCUCCUGGAUAAAAGCCCAAUCAGGGGUGGAUGUGCCCAAAUUUGUGAAGGCUGGGAACUCUUUCUUGGGCCUGCAGUUGGAGCCCCAGGUCCUGGGGUUGUAAGAGAGGUCUGCCUGUACCUGUAACUGCCGGAGGCCAUCAAAGGCUCACCCUACCUGAAAAAUGGAGGAAAAAAGAGGAAAAAUAGCUUUUUAAUCAAGUUAAUUUGCACUUUAUCUACUGUAAAGAUACUUCUAAGAUAAAAUUAACUAUAUCUCAAUCCCGCUGGCUUUCUGUACUGCCUGUGUUCUAAAAUUAAGCAUCUGUGCUCUUCACUGCGUGGCCGGUCCAGUGAAGUUUAACUGCAGAGCAAAGAGCCACACUGAUGCCUUAAAAAUGAUAUGCCUGUCACUAUAAGUGAUCAAUACUUAUCUUUCUGUUUUCUGACCUCUGUGUCUUCCAUAGCAAUUAAGAAUGGAAAUGAAAGCCUUGUUCACCUCAGCACUUCAUUUUAUAGUCAAAUGCCUUAUCAUCCAUAAAGCUGUUCUACGUUUGACUGUUUCUGUCACUGGACUCUGAGUUACUGUGGAAUAUGUGCAGUUGGAUCUUACAGUGCAAUGAUUACACUGUUAGUUUUAGGUAAAGUUUUGAGACGUCCAUGGAAAAGAAGAGCUUUGCAUUUCACAGCAACAUUGCAAAUCCUGAAGUACAGUUUCAGUGUCAUGUCGAAAUACAGACAAUACUUUGUGAUGUAAAGUCUAUAAUAAACACAGUUUUGAGACUGUCUGUCUUCUACUAAAAUGUAUCUGAAGUAGAUUUAAAUCAUGUAUUUCAUAUGUAUUUGUUUUUUUUCCUGCGAUGGGAUGGUGAAGGAAGCUGCAUUUACAUAUGAAAUCACAUUUUACAUAUUGCCCAUAUUUGUAAUUGCCUUAUGGGAUGUCAUCCAGGAAUUUCUUAUGUGUUAUGGGGGAUAAAUCUGAUUUGACAAGAAUGAAUUUAAGACUGGGGAGGACUGGAGGGAGCUGUAGGCCAGUGCUCAUGAAGGAUCUCUCUAUAAUUUUGGGAAUUGCAUUGAACAAGUGCAUCCGGCAUAUAUAUUUCUUCGCAAUUCAAUUUUGUUUUGAUGUCUGGUAUUAAGGACACCAUUUGUGCCACAUUCUGAAUUUGUUAGUACUGUACUCUAUCCAACUGUCAGCAUGAUCCCUUUGUCUAAACCUGGCUGUCAAGCAUUAGGGAGUGGCUUUUCAUUGAUGAG